CUCCCCACCCCGUCGCCAAGCGGGAGCCGCCAGCGGUACAAGCGGCGCCGAAGCCGGGGUCGUGAUAGCCUUUACCGUCCAAGCUGCCCCACGCCUCGCCACCCUGCCCUCCCCCACCCGCCCUUCCCCUCCUCCGUCCCGCCCAAGCCAUGAACUUUGGCCGCGGCCCCUCGGUGGUGUUGAACGUCGGGGGCACCCGGUACUCUUUCUCCCGGGAGGUGCUGAAGGAUUUCCCGCUGCGGCGGGUGAGCCGCCUCCACGGCUGCCUCUCGGAACAGGACGUGCUGGAGGUGUGCGACGACUACGACAGGGAGCGGAACGAGUACUUCUUCGACCGGCACUCAGAGGCCUUCGGCUUCAUCAUGCUGUACGUGCGGCACGGCCACCUGCGCUUCGUGCCGCACAUGUGCGAGCUCUCCUUCUACAACGAGAUGAUCUACUGGGGGUUGGAGGGCUCCCACCUCGACUACUGCUGCCAGCGCCGCCUCGACGACCGCAUGUCCGAGACGUGCACCUACUACGCGGCGGAAGAGCCACCGGGAGAGCCGGUCGGUGGCUCUGAAGGCAAGGGCCGGCCGCCGCAAGGAGCCGAGGGCGGGAAGUGGCUGGAGAGGAUGAGGAGGACAUUUGAAGAGCCCACGUCUUCCUUGGCCGCCCAGAUCCUGGCCACCGUCUCCAUCCUCUUCGUAAUCGUGUCCAUGGUGGUGCUGUGCGCCAGCACCCUGCCCGAGUGGCGGGCGCCGGAGAACCGCAGCGUGGAGGAGCAGAGCAGGUACACAGCAGAAUCAGUGAGGGAGCCCUCAGGGAUAAUCGAAGCUAUCUGCAUAGGCUGGUUCACUGCAGAGUGCAUUGUGAGGUUCAUCGUCUCUAAAAACAAGUGUGAGUUUGUCAGAAGACCUCUCAACAUCAUUGAUUUACUGGCAAUUACUCCUUACUACAUCUCUGUUCUAAUGACAGUUUUCACAGGGGAAAAUUCACAGCUUCAGAGGGCUGGAGUCACCUUGAGGGUCUUAAGAAUGAUGAGGAUUUUUUGGGUGAUUAAACUGGCUCGUCAUUUCAUUGGCCUUCAAACACUUGGUCUGACUCUGAAGCGUUGUUACAGAGAGAUGGUGAUGCUACUUGUCUUUAUCUGUGUUGCUAUGGCAAUUUUCAGUGCACUUUCCCAGCUUCUUGAAAAUGGGCUGGACUUGGGAACAAAGAAUAAGGAUUAUGCCAGCAUUCCUGCUGCUUGUUGGUGGGUGAUCAUCUCAAUGACCACCGUUGGUUAUGGUGACAUGUGUCCCAUCACUGUACCGGGAAGGAUUCUUGGAGGAAUUUGUGUGGUUAGUGGUAUUGUUUUAUUAGCCUUGCCAAUCACUUUUAUUUAUCACAGCUUUGUGCAGUGUUACCACGAGCUCAAGUUCCGAUCUGCUAGAUAUGGUAGAAGCCUCUCUGCUGAAUUCUUAAAUUGACCAAACUUACAUUUUGUUGUAGUUACUUGCUAAGCUUUGUCUUAGAAGACAACGGUGGAAGGUCCCUUUGCGUGUCCUCCUUGACUGGAUGGUCCUAUGGAACCACAUUCUCACCAGCCUGGAGAAAGCCCGUCACCAUUCAGACAGGAAGGAUGGCCAUCGGCCUUGGGCACCUUGCAGAGAGAGGGAGCAAAGGUUCAAAUUCGAGAGAACAAAAUUAACAAAAGAAGAUCCAGAGGUCCUCCACUAGACCAGUCUGGUCUUCAGUUUGCCUUUCCACACAAAAGCAGAAUGAAAAAAUGGGCUUGAAUGCCAUUCCCAUAACUACAUCGGAUACUAUUCUAAGCAACAUGUAGCAGAAGUUUUUCAAAGAUUUCAGUAUCUAAAUGCUCUGUAGAGGCAUUGGUAACUUCUUGCACUUAGAUAACUAAAUUAGAUGCUGAAGGAGAAUCAUUGCUACUUUUAAGUUUUGCAACAGAUUAGAGCUGGUUCUGUAACUCAGGAAAGAUGAGGAAGACCUGUAGGGCAAAAAGUCUUGCAGCCCCAUCCUGAUCUUGGAUGCUGCACACAAAACUGGUGAAGCCUGUGCCAUUGCUCUGAAUUGGAUAAUUCAAAGAAGUGCAAGAAGUGCACCUCUGAAUAUUGUACCAAGGACUUCCUUAGACCAAAUUAAAUUCUUCUCUGGAGCCAAAUUAUUAGUAGAAGCAAGUGUUACACUUUACAGAUCAGCAGAAAAAAAAAUCAGACAUUGAUAAAUAUAUUUUCUGGUAGUUUAUUAGAGGAGCUCUCCAAAUUUUACAUAUAUUUAGUUCAAUUCCAUCCACCCAAAGUUACAUACUCAUGAGCAUAGAUUUUCCCUCCC